AGAGCCAUCUACUUCCUUUUGAAUGAAACAAUAGUAAAGCGCGGGUAACGUCUAUUGUAUUGGCGCGUCUCCGAGCGUUAUACUUGUUUCAUUUUUCCCGAUAUUAUUUCGCUUUUUAAUUGAUCGCAGUUGAAAAUAUUUCAUUCUGAACAAUAUGUUUGAAGCACGUUUAGUACAAAGUGCAAUCUUGAAGAAAGUCUUGGACGCUAUAAAGGAUCUUCUAACCGAAGCAACCUUUGAAUGUUCCGAUUCUGGGAUUCAAGUACAAGCUAUGGACAAUGCUCACGUAUCUUUGGUUUCUCUUAAUCUUAGAAGUGACGGUUUCGAUAAAUACAGAUGCGAUAGAAAUUUGUCUAUGGGAAUGAGUAUUGCUACGAUGUCGAAGAUACUACGGUGUGCUGGUACGGAAGAUACCGUGACGUUAAGGGCUUGGGAUAAUCCCGAGAUCAUUGCUUUUAUAUUCGAAUCACCGAACAAAGAAAAACUUGCGGAGUAUGAAAUGAAACUUAUAAAUAUGGAUCAAGAACAUCUUGGUAUUCCUGAAACUAAUUACUCUUGCGUGGUUAAGAUGCCUUCACAAGAAUUUGCUCGCAUAUGCAGAGAUUUAAGUCAAUUUGGAGAAUCAAUAACGUUUGCAUGUUCUAAAGAAGGUAUAAAAUUUACAGCAUCUGGGGAUCAUGGAACAGCUAAUGUUAAACUCGCACAAACUGCAGAGGCAGAUAAAGAAGAAGAAGCAGUAAUUGUUAAUAUGCAAGAGCCGGUUAAGUUAACAUUUUCUUGUCGUUAUUUGAAUUGUUUCAUAAAGGCAAGUCCUCUGUGUGCACAAGUACAACUUUCGAUGUCUAGUGACGUUCCGUUGGUAUGCGAGUAUAAGAUUGGAGAGAUUGGUCACAUUAGGUAUUACCUGGCACCCAAGAUCGACGAUGACGAUGAUAAUUAGGAAAAAGUGUCUAUUAUAUUUGUACAUGCUGUAAUUAUCACAAUGGUAAUAUUUUCGUACGUUUGAUAUUCGUUUUUCGAUUCUGACAUGGUACCUAUCGUCAUUGUAUUUAUUUCACUGCAAAAAGUGAUGUUAUUUCGAUAUUUUACUUAAUGCAAAGUUAUGAUAAUAUACACGUAUUUUGAUAAUAAAAAAGUGAAAUGUAUCCUAUAUAAUAUUGAGGUACAAUCAAGGCAAAGUUAAAAAUACUUUGAAGAUAGUAUAUUAUUUAAAUUUUACAUUUAAAAGUCAUUUGGCUUGUCACAGUGUUAGCGCAAUGUUGAAUUGACACUAAAGUUCAUGGUAGAGUGACACGAUCAUGAUUAACAAGAUAAAAUGGUGUCAUUCUUCAGGUUCAUAUCAUUACUGUUUUGUAAACUGUGACCACUUUUGAUAAUGUCGCACUUUUAUAUGUAAGAAGAACUCAAUAUAUUUCCAAAAUUUUUGAUAAA